AUGCUGUCUUUUUACUCCUUCCCACAAGAGAUCCAGCAAAUGGUCCUCUCGAAGCUGGCCCAGUCCAGAGAUCUGGCCUCCUUCGCAUGCAUCAACAAGCACUGGCGAGAAUUCUUCGAGGCCAAGACAUUCCGACACCUGACCAUCAGUCAAUACGACAUUGAAGACUUCGAUAUUGUCGUCCGAGGUGCCAGAAGAAGUUAUAUCAAGCACCUCUGGCUCCGAAUCCUGCUACCAAAGCAUCUCUGGGUGUGGCGCAAGGGCGAAGAAGAUGAACACGUCCUCUGGAAAGCCGACAGGAUCUUUACCACGUCAAUAUUUGACCUCUGGGAUAUCAUUGCAAAAUGGGAUGCUUGCAACCAUGAUGGGAACUCGAGCUUUACCUUUGAGCUAAGUGCUCAUUCCCCGAGCGACAGGGGUAAACAUGUGCGGGACGAUUUCUUUGAGAGAGACGUCGAUAUGUACCAGGAGUACCUGGAAACCAACUCUGUCGAGGCGUAUAAAUCGUCUGGAGAUGUUUACGCCCCUUAUUUAAAGGCUUACCGGGGACUUGGGGGCAUGUUUGGGACGCAGAUGUGGGAUCGAACCGUGGCAGACUUGUUCGGAUGGAAGCCGCUCGAGUUCAACUUUCACGAGCAAGAGGACAUGCCGCCGAUUCGAGAAGACGAAGCGCCAGAACUCCCAAGUGUCUCCGUCAUCACCAAGUUCUUGAUCCGUCGGUCACAGUUUCGAGAAAUCUCUCCGGCCUCACUCAUCGAAGCAUUGUCGAGCCUGCCGCACCUUGAAAAAGUUGCCAUUGAACGGUGGCGGUGCGUGGACGCCGGAGAGGAGACGCUCUGGUGCCAGAUGGCCAGGAAAUUCAUCUUGGACUUGCCGAUGUCGGUCAAGACAUUGUCUUUGUACGGAGACACUGUCAACAUCUUCCAUGAGUGGUCAUCUAGGGAUGUCAUCACCAUCGGUUUGGCCAAGCAUCUACGGAACUACGGCAGACACCUCGAGAACAUCUCCGUCUCGCUCCUCAUCGAUGCCAAGGACUUUUUCCAGCCGUUUUGGACUUCGCGGACAGAGUGCACCACUAGUUGGGAGAACUUGAAGACCCUGUCACUCACCUCCCGGAUCCUCAAGUCAUCUUCGAGAAGCCGGGUCAACGGACUCCUCUGCGCGGCAGCCAACGCAGCCAUGAAGAUGCCAAAGCUGCAACUGCUGGAGCUCUGGGGCGGUGAAGAAGGGAUAGCUUCCGUUUUUCGAUAUCGUGUUAAGGACACAGUCACCGAGAUUACCUGGCUCAGCACUCACAUCACCAAAGUUGACCAGAAAGUGAUCAAUGCCUGGACCAGCGUGGCCGUGGCACAGGGGCGGCCCGACGUCAGAGUAUCGAUAGGCAAAGUUGAUCCCGACAAGAUCAUCUCUGCUGGAACUGUUCUGCGAUAUCUAUAUCUAAGAGAGCAGAUCCUACACCCUGUUUCGGGAUACAGGAUUGCCUGGGAGCAGAAGAAGCAGAUCUGA